AUGCGCAAUGCUGCUUUGCUUGAUGGUGGAAUUCAUGACUGCUCACUACUGUUCAAACUUUAUGUACCCAUGCAUUAUGAGUUCACCUUUAAUAUUGCGGAUGCUCGAGAUGAAGCUACGUCUUCAACAAUUGUGGAUAGAAAAGAAGGUUCUAGUCUAGAUGCAGGGAUGAACAUCCAUAACUUCGUUGAAGAUGAGACUGCAGCAAUGGGGGAUGAAGACUUUCGAGUAUCGGGAAAUGACGAAUUCUCAGAGAAAAGUGUGCAUUGGAGGAAGCGAUGUGUUCUUUAUCUUUGCUUGAAGUGUUCAAGGAAGCAGGGGAUUCCCUUGAUAGUGUUUAAGGUUUGUAGUUGCCUUGGUAGUGUAGAACUAUGGAGGCAGUUACAUGGGUUGGUGAUGAAGUUUCAGUUUUGUUUGAAUAUAUAUUUGAGUAAUGGUUUUAUAGAUAUCUUUGGUAAAUGUGGAAGCUUGGAUGAUGCACUGCAGGCGGCCUAUUAG